AUGGCCAGCCGCCGCGAUUUCUUGAGCCAGCCGGCUCCCGAAAACUACGUCGCCGGUCUCGGUCGAGGUGCUACGGGCUUCACGACGCGAUCAGAUUUGGGUCCUGCACGCGAAGGGCCCAGCGAAGACCAGAUCAAGGAGGCUGUCGCCAAGCGCGCGGCGCAACUAGGCAUCGGUGCCGAUGGCAAAAAGCAAGAAGCGGAUGAUGACAAUGACGACGAUCGAUUCAAAGACCCCGAUAACGAAGUCGGCUUGUUCGCUGGCGGAGUGUACGACAAAGACGACGAGGAAGCCGACAGGAUAUGGAAAGAGGUAGACGAGAAGAUGGCCAAGAGGCGACAGAAACAACGAGAGGCGCGCGAGAAAGCCGAGCAAGAAGAAUACGAGCGCAAAAACCCAAAGAUUCAACAGCAGUUUGCCGACCUGAAGAGAGCACUGUCAACAGUAUCGGACGAGGAGUGGGCGAACCUGCCCGAGGUUGGAGAUUUGACCGGAAAGAAUAGACGGAGCAAACAAAUGCGACAGCAGCGGUUCUACGCCGUUCCCGAUAGUGUUCUUGCAGGAGCCAGCGCCCAGGGAGAGCUCGGGACCACCAUUUCCGAUGACGGGGCAGCUGCAAGUUCAGAGGCGGCGGACGGAACCAUGACGAACUUCGCCAAGAUCGGUGCGGCGAGAGACAAGGUCCUCAAGUCUAAGCUUGAGCAGGCAUCUCUGGAUGGAACGGAGUCCUCCGUUGGUGGCAGCGCGACGAGCAUCGACCCCAAGGGCUACAUCACCAGUCUACAGAAGAGUGGCCUGACGGAAGCUCAGGCGCAAGUUGGUGACAUCAACCGAGUGCGCGAGCUUUUGACCUCGGUCAUCAAGACUAACCCGAAUAAUGCUCCGGGUUGGAUUGCGGCAGCACGCUUGGAGGAGCUUGCAGGCAAGACUGUCGCGGCGCGCAACGUGAUUGCACGUGGAUGCACAAAUUGCCCCAAAAGCGAGGACGUUUGGUUGGAGAACAUUAGACUGAACGAAGGUCGCAACGCUAAAAUUAUCGCCGCGGAUGCCAUCAAGAAGAAUGAACGAUCGGUGCGACUCUGGGUUGAGGCGAUGAGGCUGGAGAAUGAACCUAGAGCGAAGAAGAGAGUCAUCCGACUUGCUCUGGACCACAUCCCAGAAUCUGAGGCUCUCUGGAAGGAAGCGGUCAACUUGGAAGAAGAUCCGGAAGAUGCGCGGUUGCUGCUCGCCAAGGCAACUGAGCUUAUACCCCUUUCCGUUGAUCUUUGGUUGGCCUUGGCAAGACUGGAGAGCCCAGAGAACGCCCAAAAGGUCCUCAACAGGGCACGAAAAGCAGUUCCCACAUCCCAUGAGAUUUGGAUUGCUGCUGCCCGUCUGCAGGAGCAGCUCGGCACAGGACAGAAGGUUAACGUCAUGAAGCGUGCUGUUGCAGUUCUCGUCAAGGAGUCUGCCAUGCCGAAGCGAGAGGAGUGGAUCGGCGAGGCUGAGAAGUGCGAGGAUGAGGGCGCUAUAAUCACCUGCGGAAACAUCAUCCAAGAAACCUUGGGCUACGGCUUGGACGAGGACGACGACCGGAAGGAAACCUGGAUGGAAGACGCGAAAAGCAGCAUCAACCGCGGCAUGUACGAAACAGCCCGUGCCAUCUACUCUUACGCCUUGCGUGUUUUCGUCAACAGCAAGACGCUUUGGAUGGCCGCCGCCGACCUGGAAAGGAAUCACGGAACCAAAGAGUCCCUCGCUCAGGUGUUGGAGAAGGCUGUUGAGGCCUGCCCCAAGAGUGAGGUGUUGUGGAUGAUGCUGGCCAAGGAGAAGUGGCAGGCCGGCGAGGUUGACAAUGCCAGACUUGUUCUUGCCAGGGCUUUCAAGUCGAACCCCGAUAACGAAGAUAUCUGGCUUGCUGCCGUUAAGCUCGAGGCCGAAAACGGAGAGACAGAACGGGCGCGCAAGCUCUUGGAGGAAGCUCGCGAACAGGCGCCCACGGAUCGUGUCUGGAUGAAGAGUGUGGUGUUCGAGAGAGUGCUGGGCAACAGCGAGGCAGCAUUGGACCUCGCCCAACGAGCUCUGCAAUACUUCCCUGGCGCGGCGAAGUUAUGGAUGCUCAAGGGUCAAAUCUACGAGGACCUUGGCAAGAUUGGCCAGGCGCGGGAGUCUUACAGCACCGGUGUCAAGGCUGUUCCCAAGUCUAUUCCCCUGUGGCUCCUCUACUCCCGCUUGGAAGAGAACGCUGGCCUUGUUGUCAAGGCUCGCAGUGUCCUCGAUCGAGCCCGUCUGGCGGUUCCCAAGUCCCCAGAGUUGUGGUGCGAGUCCGUCCGCAUCGAGCGGCGGGCAGGCAACAUCAACCAGGCCAAGUCCCUCAUGGCCAAGGCUCUUCAAGAAGUCCCGAAGAGUGGCCUCUUGUGGAGCGAGCAAAUCUGGCACUUGGAGCCACGAACCCAGCGGAAACCGCGGUCUCUGGAGGCCAUCAAGAAGGUGGACAACGACCCGAUCCUCUUUGUUGCCGUCGCCCGGAUUUUCUGGGGCGAGCGCAAGCUCGAGAAGGCCCAGAACUGGUUCGAGAAAGCGCUGGUUCUGGACAGCGACAACGGCGACAGCUGGGCAUGGUACUACAAGUUCUUGCUCCAGCACGGUACAGACGAGAAACGAGCGGAUGUCAUCAACAAGUGCGUCCUCAACGAGCCUCGCCACGGCGAGCACUGGCAGGCAAUCGCCAAGCAUCCUCAGAAUGCGAGAAAAGAAACCGAGGAAAUCUUGAAGCUUGUGGCGGAUCGCAUAGAGAAAUAA